CACCGGUUUGGUACCUGCCAACCCCAUCAUCCCUUCUCUCUGUACGGACGCAUAGACAUAUUUACACACACAUAUAUAUAUAUAUAUAUAUAGUUCCGACCACAUUUGGAUAAUUAUAUGUUCUGUUAUCAAGAAAAGAUCUUUGGGGAAAGAAUUAGAAAUCGGAAACAACAGGAAAAAAAACAAGAACAGGCAUAUAUAUAUAUAUAUAUAAUAAGCAUGUCGGCAGACAGGACGGUAUGCGUUACCGGAGCAGCCGGCUUCAUCGGCUCCUGGAUUGUCAUGAACCUCCUCCGACGAGGAUAUACCGUUCGCGCCACCGUCCGCGACCCUGAAAACUUGAAGAAGGUUGGGCACCUAUUAAACUUGCCAAUGGCCAAGACAAACCUAACACUGUGGAAGGCCGACAUGGCCGUCCCAGGCAGCUUCGACGAACCCAUCCAGGGCUGUGGAGGAGUCUUCCACAUGGCCACUCCCAUGGAUUUUCAAUCUCAGGACCCUGAGAACGAAGUGAUCAAGCCAACUGUGGAGGGUAUGCUGAGCAUCAUAAGGUCAUGCGCCAAAGCCACCACUGUCAAGAAGCUCAUAUUCACAAACUCUGCCGGGACUCUAAACGUCGAGGAGCACCAAAAACCUCUUUACGACGAAACCAGCUGGAGCGACCUUGAUUUCAUCUACUCCAAAAAAAUGACUGGAUGGAUGUAUUUUGUGUCCAAAAUAUUGGCUGAGAAAGCAGCAAUGAAAGCUGCAGAAGAGAGCAACAUAAAGUUCAUAAGCAUCAUACCUCCAGUGGUCGUCGGCCCCUUCAUCAUGCCAACGCUCCCGCCUAGCCUCAUCACCGCGCUUUCUCCCAUUACCGGGAAUGAAGCUCACUACUCUAUAAUAAAGCAAGGGCAAUUCGUUCACGUGGAUGAUCUGUGCGAGGCUCAUAUAUUCUUGUUAGAACAUCCCACAGCAGAAGGCAGAUUCAUUUGCUCCUCCCACGAUGCUACCAUUUACGACAUAGCCAAUUUGAUCAAACAGAAAUGGCCUGAAUACCAAAUUCCAAAUGAAUUUAAUGGAAUCGAAAAGGGCAUACCUUUGGUGCGUUUUUCAUCGAAGAAGCUGGUGGACAUGGGGUUCAAGUUCAAGUACAGUUUGGAAGACAUGUACAGACAAGCCAUUGAAAGUUGCAGGGAGAAGGGACUGCUCCUGCAUUCCACCAUUACUGCUCAAACUCUCAACGCAAACAGCCACCGUUGCAUUGAAAAUAACAAUUUUCUUUGAUCGUGUACUUUCACUCGCCAAUUAAUAAAUUUGAUUUAA